UUGCAAAAUGCAAGCACGCUCACCUGCCGCGAAUCACACUUUGCAGCACUCUAUAACUGCAUGUCAGCGGUGUCGAGAUCAGAAAGUCAAAUGUAGUCGGGAACGUCCUGCAUGCGCUCGGUGUCAGCGGCUACAAGCCGAUUGUACCUAUCCCAGACCCCCAGUUCGCCGCGGUCGGAAGUUGCGUCGCAGCUCCCAGGGCGUGCGUCGAGUAGCUGAGCAGAGUGCCGAACAACUCGCCACACGCCGUGUUAUCGCCAGCACUCUCGGCAGAUCCGCUUCUGGCGCUCAAGAGUCUACUGCCCACCCAAGUUCUCGGUCUAAUAAUUUGACAUCUCCUCGUCAUUAUACGCCGCAUAAUGAAAAUGGUCUCGCUCAAACUGAGAACCAUGCACGUAGCGAAGCUGCUAGGUUAACUAGAGGUACCCCACGCUCCGGUGGCUGGCCCAGCUAUCUUGCAAAUGGUGUUGGUGUCGAGUCAAUUAACGUCUCCUCUGAAUCAUAUUCAACUCACCUGAGAAACAUGAACAAGACUAGAGAAGGCUUAACUUCUGAUGUAGCCUGGCCACCUUUACCACCACGAGCCCUUGGGCUGUCCUUACUGGACAUAUAUUUUACGCGAAUCUACAAUGCAUCUGUGCUCUUCUUCAAACCUAUUCUUUUUCAGCAGUAUCUUGAUGGGAAGAUUCCUGAGAUCCUGCUCAAGGCUCUUUUUGCGUUAGCUACGCUGUAUGUUACCACCUCUACAUCUGAACCGGUCAGCUAAGAUAAUAUCGAAGAUUUCUCACUCAAGUCAAUGAAGAUAGCAAUGAUGAACAAUUUAAAUGGCCGGAGUUAAAG